UCUCGAUCAAUCUUUGGUUUACUAGAACUCCAUUAAGUUAUAGGUAAAACUUGAGUGAACUACUGCAAAAAAAUGUCAGAUGUUGAUGAAAAUGUACAAAAAUUGGAAGAGAAAAUUCCGUUGAGCGACAAAAUUGAGCAAGUCGCCGAUAAAGAGGAAGACGAAAGCAUAGACAACAAACAAGAGAAUGAAAAAGAUGAGAUCGACAGGGCUAGUGCAGGAAGUCCAACAGAGAGCGUCGAUUCAAGCGAUAGUGAUGAUGGCGAGCCUGAAGAACCACCUGAUGUCAGUACACCAUACCCAGACAGCAAGCUAUUGAUCUACCCCAUGCAGAAGAUGUACAUGUGUCCCAAGUGUAGAGAUCUGCUCCGUGAACCAGUGCAAAACAAAUAUUGUGGCCAUUACUUGUGCUAUCAAUGUUAUGUGGAUGUUAGCAAGUUAACAAAGCGAUGUCCAAUGGAUCAAGUGGAGAUUGGCAAUAAACCACCACGCGUUGACAAGGAAUUCAGAGACGAUAUCUGGCAACUGGAAGCAAAAUGCAAGAACAAUGAACAAGGCUGUAAGUGGGAAGAUACAGUCGGAAAAUAUUCGGAACACGUGACAUACUGUGAGUACAAUUCCAUGACGUGUAUCUGCGGUACAAGUUUUCCAAAACGCUUCUACCAGAGGCAUCGUGACAAGGAAUGUGGUAAAGAGCUCAUCCAGUGUGAAUACUGCGAGAGUGAGAUUUACAGAGAAAACAAGAAGAGUCACCUGGUUGAAUGCACUAAACUCCCUCUUCCUUGUCCCAACAAAUGCGAUAAGGACUUGCGGUUUCCAAGAGACGAGCUUGACAAGCACAUUGAAACGGAAUGCCCCCGCACCAAGGUCGUGUGUCAUUUUGAAGACAUUGGUUGCUCACACAAAUCCAGUCGAGAGAAGAUGGUCAAGCAUUACGCCAAAGAAUUGACAAACCAUGUAGACAUGCUACACGUUGAAGAAAUCAAACGAGACGAACUGUUGAACAAGAUUCUUCUUAAACUAAGAGAACACGAAAUGAUGAUAGGUAACGACGACGAACGGAUUGGGAACCUUGAGAGCAUUAACAACACUCAACUGAUAUGGCGCAUUGAAGAUGUUUCUGGUAAGAUGGCCCAGGCCAAAGGAGGUAGCGCUGAAUCUCUCUUCCACCCUCCUUUUGCAACCAGCAAGCAUGGUUAUCGGUUCAGCGCAUCAGUCUGUCUGAACGGCGAUGGAAAAGGCAAAGGAACGCACAUGUCUGUCUUCAUUUCUAUUCAUAAAGGAGAUUACGAUGUGUUUCUCAAGUGGCCGUUUGAUUACCGAGUUACGUUCAUUCUACUCGAUCAAGACGAACAUCUUAACGAACGCAAGCACAUUAAGUACAGUAUCAAACCCAGUCCAUCUCCUGAAAACGAGAAAUUCCUUGGCAGGCCAACCAUGGACAAGAAUGCAAGCUUUGGUCUUCAGAAGUUUGCAUCUCACAAAGAAAUCUAUACAAGAAACUACAUCAAAGACAACACAAUGUUGCUGAAGAUUUCUGUCGAGUGCCCUGGGACGGACGCUGUCUUCCUUGCUUAGAAAGUUUUAUCGCACAAAGAUGGCAUAUUAUUCAUUUCUUUUGUUGUCUUUUGACAAAAGCAACUUGCACACCAUAAUUCAACCAACGUAUCAAUCAAUUAAUCAAUUCAAUCAUUCGAACAUUCAAGUAAUCCGCAAAUAGCAAACUAUGUCAUGUCGAUCAAGCAGUGAAUUAAACAAUAAUCCUGAACUCAAUUAGUACAAAAAUAUCAUUUUACAAGUACGGAGCUACGCAAUCUUGUACUUUUUAUGCUGUGUGAAAUGUAUAUUAUUUCACAACCUAAAACAGCUAUACUAGCUAGUAUUGUAAAUUUUUGGUUUAUUUUUGCCCACUGCUUUAUUAAAAAAAUCAAAAUGA